AUGGCUACUACUACUUCUGCGCCCCUGCCUGUUCCCGAAACGCGUCUCAAGCAGAUCGUUGACGAUGUAUGCGACGCGGUCCUAGAGCCCGCCGAGUACUACGACCACUCGAAAGUCGACGUCUGGAACUCAACCAUAAUCAACUCCUUGCUGAAAGCCGUGGUCGCCGAGGCGACACCCGAAGGCGCAACCGGUGCUAGCUACAAGAUCGCCUGCAACAGUGUCAUUGUGCAACACCUUGUGCCCACGUCUGCCCUGAACAAGCCUCGAGGCGGUACCGAUGCCAAGGGCACGGAGUCAAAUGUCCCUACCACUGGCCGCAGGGGUAUGCACAAUGCUGUUGGAGCGUACUGGGACGAGUCGAAGGACGGCAUGUGGGUGCGCAAGUACCCAGGUGGAGAGCGCAAAGGUCUAGAUGUGAUUAUUACGCUGAUCUGGAUUGCCAUAUAA